AAAAUGAGCUGGCAGGAUUACGUCGACAAUCAGCUUCUUGCUUCGCAGUGCGUGUCGAAGGCAGCCAUCGCCGGUCACGAUGGUGGCGUUUGGGCCAAAUCCGAAGGCUUUGAGGUGUCGAAAGAGGAGGUUGCCAAAAUUGUACAGGGAUUCGACAAAACCGAACUGCUCACAUCCGGCGGUGUGACACUAGCGGGCCAGCGUUACAUAUAUCUUUCCGGCACUGACCGAGUGAUCCGUGCCAAACUGGGCAAAACCGGUGUGCAUUGUAUGAAAACGCAACAGGCUGUAAUAGUAUCAAUCUAUGAGGAACCCGUGCAGCCCCAGCAGGCGGCAUCCAUAGUAGAAAAGCUGGGCGAUUAUCUAAUUACCUGUGGUUAUUAGAAGGAAAAAUCAACCGUGGGGGUGUGAAACGGUCGAGGAAAUUGGCAGAAGUGU